GGCUGGCGCAGGCUGUCCGCAAUGCAGGAUGGGACGGGGGCGCAUGUGCAGUUAGUAGAGGCCUGUCGGGGGAAGGCUGCGGUGGCUCGCGGGCCCGCUCGCUUCCCCUCUCGCAGCGCGCGCGCGGGGCCGCGGCCCUGUUCGUGCGCGUGACGACGCCCCCCUCCCCCAAGUCGCCGCCGCCUCGCCUCGCCUCGCCUCGCCGCGCCGCCCCGCCCCGCCCCUCCCGCCAUGGCGCUGAAUAAGUCUAUGCACGCGAGAAACCGUUACCGGGACAAACCGCCGGACUUCGCCUACCUGGCGUCCCGCUACCCGGCCUUCCGGCAGCACGUGCAGACCAGCCUCUCCGGCCGGGCUAGCCUAAAUUUCAAGGAUCCAGAAGCUGUGAGAGCUCUGACGUGCACCCUUUUGAAAGAAGACUUUGGACUUACAAUUGAUAUUCCAUUAGAGAGGCUUAUUCCUACUGUUCCCUUGAGGCUUAACUAUAUCCAUUGGGUGGAAGAUUUAAUUGGCCAUCAAGAUGGUGAUAAACAAGCUCUUAGAAGGGGAAUUGACAUAGGUACAGGGGCAUCUUGUAUCUAUCCAUUACUUGGAGCUACUUUGAAUGGCUGGUAUUUCCUAGCAACAGAAGUGGAUGAUAUGUGCUUCAAUUAUGCAAAGAAAAAUGUGGAACAGAAUAAUUUAUCUGAUCUUAUAAAAGUGGUUAAAGUGCCACAGAAGACCCUUCUAAUGGAUGCACUAAAAGAGGAAUCUGAGAUCAUUUAUGAUUUUUGCAUGUGCAACCCUCCCUUUUUUGCCAACCAGUUGGAAGCCAAGGGAGUAAAUUCUCGAAAUCCUCGACGGCCCCCUCCCAGCUCUGUGAACACUGGGGGCAUCACAGAGAUCAUGGCUGAAGGGGGAGAACUAGAAUUUGUCAAAAGAAUUAUCCAUGAUAGUCUGCAGCUUAAAAAAAGAUUGCGGUGGUACAGCUGCAUGCUGGGAAAGAAAUGCAGUUUAGCUCCAUUAAAAGAGGAACUUCGAAUCCAGGGGGUUCCUAAAGUUACCCACACUGAAUUCUGUCAAGGCCGUACCAUGAGGUGGGCUCUGGCGUGGAGUUUCUAUGAUGAUGUCAGAGUGCCUUCUCCUCCCUCUAAAAGAAGGAAGUUAGAAAAGCCCCGGAAGCCAAUUACAUUUAUAGUGUUGGCAUCCACAAUCAAAGAGUUAUCCAUCAAGGCUUCAGCUAUGGGCUGGGAUGCUGUUGAAGGCAUAGCGGUGGUUACAAAGUGGAUAGAAAAAAUACUGACUGAUCUGAAGGUUCAGCAUAAGUAUGUUCCCUGUGGAGAAGAUGAAGUUAGUCUGUUUCUAACAGCAAUUGAAAACUCUUGGGUUCAUUUAAGAAGAAAGAAACGAGAAAGAGUAAGGCAGCUACGAGAACUUCCUCGAGCUUCUGAAGAUAUUCUGCAAGCAGUGGAAGAGAAGAACAGCCAGAAAGACUCAAAAAACAACCCAGAGUGUGAACAAAACAAGACAGAAAACUUCGAAAUGGGAUCAGUGAUGCUUGAUGAGGAUGUCAGCUCAGCCAAGAGUGACAGGCAAAGGGAAGAUUCCCCUGCAAAAGAAGAAAACAAUGAGGAACGCAUGGAAGAGGAGGACAUAGAAGCAAAGCAAGCAGAGACCUUAGUUGGUGAAGACUCCAGUGAUGCAAAGGAGGAGCCUGAUGCGUCAGAGGAUGCUGGCAGUGUAACAAUGGAAAAAGGACAAAGUCCCAAAGUAACUAGUGGACACUUUCUUUUUAAGUGUUUAAUAAAUGUGAAGAAAGAAGGGGAUGAUGCAUUAGCAGAGAUGCACUGGGUUGAAGGACAGAACAGAGAUUUAAUGAACCAACUGUGCACCUACUUACGAAAUCAAAUUUUUCGACUGGUUGCUAGUUAGCCCUUAUUCAGAAUAUGAUAGAAAUAAGUCAGUUCUGGAUUUUUUUGUAAUCUUUUUAAUAGACUAAGAGAAAUUUUGUGCUAGCAAGGUUUUUUUAAGAUGAAAUGACCAAAAUUUGAGAUGAAAAUCAACUUUAUUUUUAAACAGCCUUUUUUAAGUACAAGGAAUCCUAAGUAUAUAAUGAUGAGGGGUAGGAGAAACAGUGCUGAAAUAGCACUUCAGUGUUCUAGCUAUAAAAUUGCAUGAUAAACGGAAACCUAUUUUAGCAGUAGCUCUGUGGUUGGUUUCAUAUGGGAACAUUACAGCUGAUUUCUGAUCUGACUUGGUGGAAAUGGAGUUCUGUUUGCAGAAUAGAAAUCUUCACUACAAUAUUACAUUUUUACAUCAUUAUUAUUGCAGGAAUAUACAGGUUUUUUCAGCCCUUACUCUCACAGAUUAGCCUGCAACUCUGUAUUGUCUUUUGCAGCCAGGAAUCUUCCUUGAAGGGAUGGCACUUGCCACCCUCAUCCAUCUCCCUUCCCUAUGCAUUUGGCCUCAGCUGAGCAACAUCUUGAUAACAGGUGGCAGUUCUUUAAAUGACAGCUCAUAAAAGCACAGAAUAAUAUGGGAGAGCUGGGUAGCUUUAGAGAUCAUGAAUCUUGAGUUUUUGUUAAUGGGCUAUAUUAGAUGUCACUAUUUAACACACAUCAGGAUUUGCAUGGAUUUUCUGCUUUUUAAAAGUUUAAAAAUGAAAAAUGAUUUGUGCUCCUCCUGCAACAUACCAAUUAAGAAAAAUCUAACCGUGGCACACAUUGUUUUAGACCAUGUCUCCCCAUUGCAUUUCCUACCCUGAUACAGGAGAUGAAAUGCAGUGUGGUGGUUUCAAGCAAUUAUUCCUGAAAGAUUGGGCUUCACUUUAAACUUAAAUUUCUUUGAAGUAUUGAAGGAGGGUGGGGGGGGGGGGGGAAGAGAGAGAGAAUUAGAGUACGUCUCUCAUCUCCAUGGACCAGAAAAACUCAUCACAGGGGCUAUAAGGAUGGAUAGGAAAACACGUUAAUUUGAUGAACAGUGAAGGUGGGAUGGGGACAGAAUUCAGCUGUAGAACUCACAGAAUUUGGGGUACCAGCUGCUGAGGUCUUAUGCUUUUCACAUGCUUCAGGGCCCUGUCCCCACUCUGGUUGGAGCUGUACUACCAGGGUUUCCUUGGCCACUGUUGUACCUGGAAUCUAUUUCCCUCAAGGGCACACAGUAGGGAUUCUGCAUCAGGCUGCAUUAAUCUUCUGGUGGUUUUCACACAGGGUUGGUGGAGUAAUUAUGGGCAUUGCUAUCCCCAUCCAGCCUCCCAAGGGCUGAGCUUGUCCAUACAGAAGUACUCCACAGGGUGUAGAGAGGACUGAUGCUCUCUCUGGAAAUGGCAAGAUCUGUUAGUGGAGGGUUUUGAAGUGGCCCAGUGACCGAAAAUGAGUUGUAACAUUAAGUAUGCAUUAUAGUAGUAUGGGCCAUAGAUAUAAAAGUGAAAUCCACAAUAGGGGAAAGAUAGAUACAUUAUUGAUGUAUUGCAGCAAAUGCACCUGCUCAUGCUGUAGGGAUCACUCUGAAUAUGUGGUGUUCAUCAAGGGUUCCAAGAAAUUCAGUAGAAACUGUACAUCUGUCUUUUGCACCACAGCAGGCCAGAGAAGCAAGAUAUGCUAUAUAAGUCCUAUCCUUAAUCUUUGAACCUCUGGAAAACAGUUACACAGUAUUGGAUUUGAUAUCAUAAAAUCGUUCUGGUACUUUGUUUUUAUUAAAUUAUUUUAUUUGCAUCAGAUUUUAACCCAACUGAGGUGAGGUGAUCUGACCUGGACCAUUAUCUUUUAAAAGAAUGCACUAAAUAUUGGCAAAUUGCCUGAAAAUGUCAUUCCCUGGAAGUUUCAAAUACAGCAAGUAAAAUUAAUACUAUGUUUGUUUACCAUAAAAGUAAAAAAUGAAGAGAACAUGUUUGUAUGGAAGAGACUCUAAAAUAUUUGCCUUUGACUUAAUGGAUUCAAUUUUGAGUUAGAAAGAUCAAUGUUUUUUCUGUAUAGCAGUGAAGAAAAAUACUUGAGAGAAUUUUAGAUUUGUUUUCAUGUUUCAUUAACCAACAGCUGUCAUGCUAGUUAACUAUUUUAUCACAGAUAAUAGGCAGUGAUUUAUAUUUGAUUAGGAAAAUUAUAUAUAUAUUAAGCCCUUAAAGUGGGUUAUUGAUUGCACAGCCCAGUAGUUCUCAAACUAUGGUUUGUAGCCUGCUAAUUUUGCACAGAGCUGCUUCUCUGAUAAGGGAGAACAUCUUGAAGCAGUGAUACUUUAUGCUAACUAGCUUAAUCAAACUUAAGAGUUUUGAGAGGUUCUUUUGGACACCUCAACUACUGUAUAUACUCGUUCAUAAGCUGAAUUUUUUUUUAGUAAAAAAGGGAAGCAUCAGAGAAGGGGGGUCGGCUUAUGAACAGCUAUAGAGAGGGAGAGGUGGGACACAGCCCCUCCCCCCAACAGAGAGCGCAAGGAGAGGCAGCAUAGCCUGCAGAUCCAGAAGGGAAGAGGUGCGGCCAGAGUCUCUCUGCUUCUGGCCACGCUGCUCUCCUGCUCUCCCCACAGCCAGCUGCUUCGGGGCUGGCAAGCUGCCGCUGUGCUGCUAGGCCCCACCCACGAGAGCAGGCUCCAGCCUCCUGGCCCAGCUUGCUGGAAUAUGUGGCCGCACUGCCCAGCCUGCUGGAGCUGCUCCAGCCAGGCCAGAGACAUCCUCCCCAGAUAAAGUGGGAAUUAUAGGGUCGGCUUAUGAAUGGGUCAUAAAAAUUCUCCAUUUUUACUUAUCCAUCUUGGGGGGGGAUCGUCUUAUAAACGAACUGGCUUAUGAUCGAGUAUAUAUGGAACUUAAUACAAAAUAUCGAAGUCCCACAGAAACCAAAGCCCUCUGUAUCAUGUUUGGCUGUUCCAUGGGCUUCUGACACGUGGUUUUUUAGUGUAAAUUUAGAAAGUAUGGUCUUUUGGAAAUGUAAUUAAAAAUCAGAGGGCAAUGUUAGCUCUAGGAAAAAGAGAUUUGGCAGCAGCUGUUCUGUGUGGUAGCUUCCUUUGAAAACCAGCAGAAACAGUCACACAACGAGCAAGAGUUGAUCUUUAUCAUAGGAACAGUGCUGACUCCUGUUCCUCAGAGGGCAAAGUGUAGCACACCUAUGGUUGAGGUGGCCAGUGGCUCCCUGAGGGAAGCUAUGCUGCUAGAUAGGAAAGAGGUCCUACAGAGGAGAGGCAGACACUUGGAAUUUGCAGGGUUUGGCGCCCAUGUUCCCUGUGUUACUCAGUAUCCCCUUACCCUUUGAAGAGAGCAUUUGUUGGGAGGGCUGCAAGUUGACCUUGACAUGUAAGUUACUCAUUCUGUACAUUUGCUGAAUCCAAACCAAUGAAUCAUGCUGCUUUACAAGUGUACCUCCAUUUUCCAUCCCCUUUCCGCAGAAUACAUAACCUACACUGUUGCUGAAUUGAGCCUAGAGGUUAUGUAUGACCUGUCCACUUGUGUAAUAUAUCAAAACUUACAUAUAGCAAACUUUUUGUUCUGAGGGUUAAUUGGACUGUGAUUAAUAUGGUUUAUUGUAUCUUACAUUAUUAUGGUUUCUGUUCUGUCCUUUGUUGAUAUACACUUAUUUUUGGAGCUGCUUUAAAAAAACCCAACUCUUCUACUUAAAAGAAUAAGAAACAACAUGUUAACAGGGAUGCUAAACACAUUUUUUAGUGGUGGAAAUAAAUCUCUGGAAUUAGCAGGAAGUGUACAGGUAGAAAAAUGAGAAGCUAUUCAUGGAAUGUUUUAACAUGCUUAGACUCCAUGCUUUGAAAGUCAAAAUGCAUCAGAAGGUAGAUACUUGGAGAGGGUUACUCUCCUUGCAGAUGGAUAGGUUAACCUUUUAACUGCUGCUGAAUGUACCAGGAACAUCAACAUGCAUCUCCAUGAAAAUCUUAAUGGAGGACCUGCUCUUUCUUGUCUUUGUCGUAGAUUCUGUAAGGAAACCUGACUAGAUGAAUCAGGGAGAACACAUUAAGAGGCAUAGGGUAAGGUAAGAUGGAGCAGGGAAAAGAAUGAAAGAGGGGAAAAAACAAAAGAAGGGCUCUUCCAGUCAUAACAUGUGGAAGUGAAAGGACUCUAUUUAGAUGCCACAUUUUGUUAACUGAGUGCUUCUAAAAGGUGCCAUGUUGGCAGACACGGAGACUAUAGUUGCCUAUUCAUCCACAGAAGGGAUAAAGUAACAAUACAAGCUUCUCAACACUG